GGACUACUCGGAGCUGCAACGCGGCGGAGCCUCCUAGCCUACCGGAUUCCUGCACUCCAGCCAUGGCUCCCUCGCUGUUCGCUCGGCUGCUGCACCUCGCCGCGUUCUGCCAUCUGUGCUCCCUGCUGGCAGGUCAACAGCUCGGCGUGGGGAAAUGCAAGAACAUAUGCCAGAAGAUGACCUCACGAAUCCCGAAGACUUUGCUCAUCGGCUAUCAGGAAUCCUGUGGGAGCACCGUCAUCUUGGAGACGAAACAGCACAGAAACUUCUGUGCUGACACAAAGGAGCAAUGGGUCCAAGACGCCAUGAAGUACCUGGACCGCCAGGCCACUACCCCGACUCAAAACGGUGGCAAGUUUGAGAAGUUGGUUAAUAUGACAUCUGGGAUCACUCUGCCCACCAGGGGACUGUCCCCAUCUUCUCCGGCAGAGCCUAAAGCCACAGUGAAAGGCCUUCCUUUGGAGCUGACUACUAUUUCCCAGGAGGCCCAGAGUCCAAUGGGGACUUCCCAGCAGCCGCCAGCAGCAGUGACUGCAUCAUCAUCCUUAACUUCCAAGGCUCAGGAUGCAGGGCUUGUGACCAGGCCUCAAAGCACUGGGAUUUUUGAGGAGACUACCGUCCCUACCACCAUCUGGCAGAGUUCUGCUAUCUACCGAUCUGAAUCUAGACUCCAGGUUGAGGAGAAGUCUACUGAGCCCCCAUCCACUACAGUUCCAUCCACCCAGGCGCCCAUCACUUUCCAUGCAACCCCGGAGGAGAAUGUUGGGUCUGAAGUCCAGCCCACAUGGGUCCAGGGACAGAGCCCCAGUCUAGGGCCUGAGGAGUCCUUAGGGCCUGAGGAGACAAGCCAAGCUCAUACUGAUGAUUUCCAGGACAGGAGGCCUGGCAACACAGUCCAUCCCUCAGCGGCCCCCACCUCCUCUGAAGGGACCCCCAGCCAGGAGCUGACGCCUUCGGGUAGCUGGCUUCCCAAGUCAAAGGAGCCCAUCCCUGCCACUUCGGCUCCCCAGAAACGGAGCGUAUUUAUCACUCCUGUCCCUGACACCCAGGCAGCCACCCGUAGGCAGGCAGUGGGGCUGCUGGCCUUCCUGGGUCUACUCUUUUGUCUGGGGGUGGCCAUGUUUGCCUACCAGAGCCUCCAGGGCUGUCCCCGCAAAAUGGCAGGGGAGAUGGUGGAAGGCCUCCGUUAUGUCCCCCGGAGCUGUGGCAGUAACUCAUACGUCCUGGUGCCGGUGUGAGCUGCCUGCCUGCCUGUGUCCCUAGUUUGAUUCAGACAGCUGUCUGGGGACCCCCAUCCUCAUACCCACCUUCACCCAAGCUGGGUCAAUGGGAAUGGGGAGGCUGGGUCCUCCAGGAGCCGCGUGCUCCAAGCCCCCAGAUGUGGCCCUGGAGGCUACCUUUUACCGUUCCCCACACAUCAGACACAGCAGGUGGCCUUCCAGCUUACCUAUAUUUGAGAGACUCCUCUGCUGCUGGCUGGUUGGAGGGGCCCUUGACAUCCCAACCCCUAGUGAACAAUUAUUUAUUGAAUUCCCAGCCCCGUGACACCUGUUUCCUGUGAGCACCGUGGUCCGUCCAUCUCACAAGCAGCAGGUCAGGCCCAUCUGCCUGUCCCCCUGACCUCCUCACGUCUCCUGGGAUUGCUGCAGUCGCCAGCCCCUCCCCCUCCUCGGCCAGCCACGGUGCUCUCUCUCCCAUCUCUCCCUGUCCCCUGUACAGAGCACACCACCACCACCACCACCACCACCACCAUCCACACCGUGUUGUGUCCUUUCCUGCAUGAGGUUAACGCUGUGUUUCCUGGAGCUCUCUGGGAAGGGAGAUGAGCUUGUGCGGGGCUUUGAUGCAUUCCUCCAGACUGUGCUGUGAGGGCAUGCUGCACCUGAAGGCAGGGUCUAGUCCCCACUCAGCUACCUGCACAACGAGGUGCCCCAUCGGCAGAAGAAGCGUGGCCCAGAGAUGGCAAUAUCCCACGGCCCUGAUACCGUCACUUUCUCUGAGAUCCUUGUCCCCAUCCCUGGAUGCAACCCCAGCCCUAUCAACACUGAUAGUCACUGCCAUCCCACUGGACUGACAGACACCUUUGCACCCUGUGACUCCGAGGGCUGGCAAGGGGUGGCUUGAGAGUUCAGGUCCUACCCUGUGGGCUCCCACAUGGAGGCUGAGUUGGGUAGGGACUUGCAGGAACAGAGGCUAAACUCAGAAGGCCCCUCUGUGUCCUCACUAGGCACCCCUAACCCACUCACCAAGGUUACAGCCACAGGUCUGCCCAGCCUGAAGGACAAGUCACAGAAGGAAGAGGAUGACGAGCGCCUGGGAGGCAGGGAGUCCAGGGUAAGCACCUGGAGCAGCCACGCGCCUGAUUUAAGUUUAGGGACCUGCACAUGUGUGUGCACAGCCCAGGUGGUUAGGAGGCUGGGUCCCGUCUCAACUCUGUAAGCACUGUUCAUGCCAACCUUUGCGCCACUACAGGCAGGGCCAGAACUCCCAUAACAUUCUCCAAGAGCCCUGUGAAAAUUCCUGGAAGGGACUCUGCCCUGGGCACAGAGUGACUGAUGAAGCCUCCAGCAUGCCCAGCAAAGAAGAGUUGGGCAGCGCCCCCAGCUGGAGCUGGACUUGCAGACCUCGCCCCUCAGGGCCCCUUGGUGGCAGCUCUCCCAACCCUGCUCCUAAUAGCCCUAACCCUUUACCUUCCGAGCCUCCCAUGGGUGGGCUUCACCCAGUGACUCCCUCCUUGACAGGAAGCUCAGAAGAGUUGGCUCUGUCCCAGAGUAAAGAAGCCAGCCCCUUGGUGACCCUCCGUCCUGGGAAGCUUGUGGCAAGCUCUAGUCUGGCUCCAGGGUAUUCACUGUGGGCUGGAGGAGCAUCAGCCUGAGUGCACUUUGUCCUGGCUCCUUCAGUGGGGAGCCUUCAAGGGUUGGGAUGCCCCCUUCCCUAUUGAGAAAGCUGCUGGGACAUGCGGUCCCCUUGUCGGACUUUGUGGGUUCUCCCCAGCAGGAUAAGAGCCAAGACGACCUGGGGAGGACUUUGGAAGGAGUUGGUUAAUCCUUUGGCUUUUUCAAGCAUCAUUACCAAUGUC